UUUGUCCUCCGUUUAUGAAUGCAACGAAUGAGUGUUAUUAAAAAUGAUAGCAUUUGGAGGCAAACUGGCUAUAUUGUGAGCUCUAAACUAUUCUAUAUUAUCAACAAGGAAUCAAGGAAAACUCGUAAUUGCUCAAAUCAACCAAACUCUUUGCACAUACGAAGAUACGAGGCCAUAAAAAUCGUCUUUGGAUAUCUCCCAUUGGUGUUCUCGUGGUAGAGUGAUUUGGUCCAGCUUUUGGAUUUUUGACGUGUUUCAUCUUGAACGUUUCUGCCAAAGUUUACUUGGACGAUAGCUGCUGUUUUUAUGGGACUAUCUGAGGGCAUUGAUUUGCCUUUCUUGGAGUUCUUGCUGGUAUUUAUCAUGUUUUAUGUAGGACUCUGAUGUAAUGCAGUUAUCAACAAUGGCCGCUCAUCAAGCCAGUCUUCACUUCUGGCUUUAGUUUUGUGAAAAUUUCCAACAUAUAUAGUGUACAGUUGUCGGAUUUCUCGAGAGGAACACAUUAUCAAGAUUAUCGAGUUGUAUAUACGUCGACAAGAGGUGGUAUUUUGGGGUUAUUAAACGUAUUUUGACACUGUUCUAUGGAGAUACUGCUUUGCGUGAUUGGCGGACAGGCUUGAAAGACUAGAAAUUCAAAACUCCCACCAUUUUUGAAAGCGUUCGUAACUUUGUAUUUGCAAAGGGGAUAACAAGGAUUUCCUGGAAAAUGUUUCAUCCAUUGCACUUUCGAAAAACUGCAAAGGAGUUAGGAAUGGAUGCAGGAUUGUAUGAAAGAGAAUACAAUCAUUUUUUGGCCAAAUUGAAGAAGUUUCACGAAUCUAAAGGAUCGCCUUUUCGAAGGCUGCCAUGGCUUGGAGGACAGUUUUUGGACUUGUACCUUCUUUACAAAAAAGUCACUUCAUUUGGUGGAUGGAUCAAGGUAACAGAAGACAAACGUUGGAGAGACAUUGCUGAAGUUUUCAAUCUGCCUUCUACAUGCACAAAUGCAGCUUUCGCACUCAGACAACACUAUUCAAGAUAUUUAGAGACUUUUGAAAGAAUCAACUUUUUUGGUGAAGAUGCAGAAGAUGUAAUGAGUGGCAGUAGACCACACACUCCUGUUAGUGCUCUUCCCAUUACUAGUCCUUCUGAAUAUGUCAGCCCAUCUCCUGUGGAUAUCACAAGAAAUUUUGAGAAGUUAGUGCUAUCACUACAAUGUGGUUUACCCAAUGAAGUGGACUUUGGUAUCAACAUUUGUAUGCUGUUAUCCAAUGUUAAUAAUUCUGUCUUUAAUCUCACCAAGGCACCAGCCAUCAUUGACAUGUUGAUGGGUCAUGUUGGUAUCUUUGUGGAUGGAUCACAUGGUUUAGGUGAUGUUUACUCUGAUUGGUACCAGAAGACAGAAAGAGAUUAUACCAAGUUUUGGAGAGAAACUCUUGAAAUUGAAGACUUUAGAGCUUUGUUAUUUAAUGGUGAAGGAAGAACUGAGGAAGAUGAUGAGAUUGAGUUGUUUAAUCCUGGUAAAAAAUAUGGUGUCAACAGUAUAGAAGCACAGAGAGUUGCACAGGUGUGCAUGAUAUUAUACAAUUUCUCAUUUGAUGAUGCAAAUGCUGAUAUUCUAGCAAGUCAUCCAAUGUGCCUGAGAUUUUUAAUGUUAUGUAUAUGCAACCAAAUAGGAUAUAUACAAAACUUAGCAUGGAGUACCAUAUCAAAUUUGGCAGAAAAGAUGAAGUUAGAUCCAGUAGAAUGUGAAAAUACACAAAUGGUUUUCCAGAUUCUUCAUUAUUUUUUGGAUGACAAAGACAGAUUUAAAGUUUGUAAAGCAAUGGAUGUUCUUGGUAAACUGUGCGUCAGAGAAGAUAAUGAUGAAGUAGUUGAAAUGGCAAUAGAAACCCAAGCUUAUGAGUCUUUAGUAAGAAUAUUAAUCAUCCCUGAUGUACAGCUUGUUAUUGGUUCACUAGAGGCACUGUAUAAUAUCUCUGGAGUAGGGCAAACUACAUCUGAUCAGAUUGCAAGUGUAGACCGUAGUGUUGAUAUUCUAGUUUGUAUGGUCACCCUUGAUGCUGAGAGCUUUGGUCCACAAGCCUUAUCUGAAGUUGUAGUUAUAGAGAAUAGAAUACCAGGGUCAUUACCUAUGACCCCUAGACCACGCCCUACACACACUCCUACAGUAGGAAGUGCAUCGCCUGUCUCGCCUCAUACUCCCUCUGUGCCGUCAUCACGCAAUGAAGUGGAUGCUGAAGCAUUUACUGUAAAAUGGCUACAAGCAACAUAUGAAGCUAUACCAUCAGGGACAGUCUCUAGGAUUGAUCUUUAUGCUGAUUACCUGUCUUCAUGUAGUCGUCUUGCAAGAAUAGGAAUAUUGAAUGCUUCAGCUUUUAAUAGAAUAGUCAAGUUUGUUUUUCCUGAUGCCCAGUUGAGAAGAUUCCCAACUGGCAACCAGCUACAGUAUGCUCUAUGUGGUAUGCGUAGAAGAGCCAAUCCUCUCCCAGUAGCAUCAACUAUAGAUCAACCACAAACACCCACUACUCCUGUACAACCAAGAACACCUACACCACCUAUUCCAGGAAGAAAUUCACCAAACUGGAACCAAGCUCUACCRCAAAGAUCUCUCAACAUGACACGUCAAGCACCACCCUCCCCUACUGGGGUGUUUAGUCAAGGAAAUCUAAUUCAAAAAAMCCCAAAUCCAUUGCUCAGGCCAGGUUUCCAGGGGACGCCCGGUGUUAGCAAUGAUGGUACAAGACUGCCUGGACAGUUAACACCUCAACAACCCAUCAACCAUACAGCUAUGCAAAAACMAGUACAACAACCGUGGCAGCAGCAGAAUUUCCAACAACCUGUACCUCAUCACCAACCUAAUACACCAAUUAAUAAUCCAGGCAUAGUAGGGCGACCUCAAGCAAUACAACCAAGAUCACCUGGACAAUUACCUGGUAUAGUAACACAAAACUCACAAACACAGGGAUCUCAACCACUACURCGGCCACAGCCUCAGCAACCACCCAGACUACCUCAAGCACCAAAUAUGAUGACAAGGCCUGGGUCACCUGGCCAAGCAAGAAUAGCMCCUAGAACUCCYAUGUACUCUCAAUCUGGUUUAGUACCUAUUAGACCAGCACCACCAAAUGUAGCAAUGCAAAGUCCAGCACCUGUUUCCUCUCAACCAGGACCAGGACCUAACAUMAGAUUACACAAUGGACCUUCAUUGAUGGGAGCUCAGAGACCAAACCAAUUUAGGCCCCAGAAACAACAAAGUCCAUUUCCACAGGGAGGCCAACAAUUUCAGGGUUUUCAGCAAGUGCCAAGGUCACAAGCGCCUCAGACCUUCAUGGGGCAGCCCAGACAAGCACCACCCCAAAUAGUCCCUAAUCAAGGAGCUGGUGGCUAUAGGGGGAACCAACCUAUUGCAAUCGCACCAAAACCGAGCAUUUAUCCAAGCACAACAGUCACUCCUUCAACUAACCAAAAGAAACAAGGCUCAACAGAUGGUGUUGUUCUCAUAGCAAGAGAAGAGAAAGCAGAAGACAUUCUCACRUCAGACUUAUUACAAAAUGCAGAAGAACAAAAAAUAGUUGUGGUCGAAAAUACCAACAAUACUCAGAAAAAUACAACACUGAAAAAACAGGAAAAYGGUGGUGCACCUUAUGAAAACAAUAUUGAAGGYAGUACGGGUUUAAAGAGAGACUAUAAGAGUCGACACGCAAACUUGAACUCGGAGGGGUUAGUGAAUACUAGUCAAAUAGAUCAGAAUGGUAUCAAUGGUUGUAAAAGAACGCGUUUAGAUGAUAACUCACCAAGUGAUAUAGUAGACUCUACCUUAGAUGAACCCAUGGUCAAUGGAGAUAUACGCAACGACCCCAGAAAUAAACUUAUGGAUAAAUUACUAGGUAAAGAUCUACAUAUGCCACUUAAUGGCAUGUGUGAUAUCAAUUCUUCUGAUUUGGACCUGAUAGCACCUGAGGGUGAACGACUUAGUGGAAGCAACAGCAAGACAUCUUCUCCUGAUAUCUUUGAUAGUGAGAACAACUCAGAUUUUGGGAAAUACCUCGAGGAGAGUGAUACAGAUACUGGGUUAUUUAGUGAUGUUAUACUAGGUGAUAUACGUAUUGACUCUAUGGAGACCGAUCCCAAGUCUAAAAGUACUGACCAAAGUAAAACUAUUCCAAGUUUACCAGAYUUGGGRUACCAUGCUGUCGCUCAAGAAUUGAGGAAUCCUGGUACUCUACCUAUUAGACCUAGGAAUGAAACUUUACCAAAUAAAGGAUUUCCUAACAAUCUUCAUGACAAAGUACAUAUGACAUCAACWACUCGGACAGGUCAACCACGCCCUUCAGAUUCUAAUGACAUCAUGGGUGGUCGUUAUGGUAAUGAUGGUUUCCAAGGACAGCCUAACACAACCUGGAAUGGUUCUACAACGCGACCUCUUCCUCCACCAAGUUAUAAUUCAGUUACUCAGAGUGCUGGACCUCGACCCCCAGCACAACAACAUCUUAAUGCAAUCUUAGAACAUAGAACCAAAGCACUUGUUACCCCUAAAAUGCCGAGUACAGAACAACMAGAUAACAGACAACAAUAUGCUCACCAAGUAUCUACAGUACCAAAUACUAUUCCUGGACAGCMAGAUGCACCAAUUACACAAGCUAUCCCAGGACAGSCUGGGUCGCCAAUCACACAAGCUAUCCCAGGACAGCUUGGGGGGCCAAUUACACAAGCUAUCCCAGGACAACCUGSGGCACCAACGGCCCAAUCUGUCACAGGUAUAUCAUCACAGUCAGCGGAACAGCAGCCUGUUGCAGAUACUGCCGUUGAAACCUUCAAACCAUUUCGUUGUAGAUGGGCUAGUUGUACAAGUUCAUUUGAUGGCGGUAAAGAGCUGUUUUCUCACGUGAUCAGCACGCAUGUUCCACGUGAUACCCUCGUGAUGUCAUGUAUGUGGGAGAAUUGUGCACCAGUGCGAAGAUCAAGAUCAUCUUUACUUUUCCAUUUACAGCAAAAGCACAGUGGUCCCACACCAGUGACUGUUGGAACAGUGAAUCCUCAACCCCAGGUCCCACCAGUGCCUUCACCACAGGUGCCCCAAGCACCAUCUAGUCAACAGAAUCCACCAAAUUACUUUCCAGCUUAUAAAUUACUUUCUCGUAUGAUGUCGGCCAUGCAGGAUGAGGAAGAGUCACCGCUGACCAAAACUGUUCGAUUAACGUCUGCUCUUGUACUGAGAAAUAUAGCACAAUACUCAGCCAUUGCUAGAAGUCAUCUACGACGACACGAACGACUUCUGUCAGAAGUCGCCAUGUCCCAUUCUGAGGCAGCUCAUGCAAUAGCAGCGUGUUUAUCGGAACUAUCACCACACAGAAAGACAUCAGAAGAUGAUAAUAAUACUUUUAUAUGGGCCUUUGAUAGAUGAUAGCAACUCCAAAACCGCAACCUUACGCAAGCCUUUGAUGCGCGUGGACGCGUUUCCGUUAAGUUUGCGUUGGUAGUCAUYGGAUGGUUUUGGAUGAAAUAUGAGCGUAUUUUAUUUACUUUCCCCUUGCGUCUCCCAGUAACUCGUUACAUAUAUCACAUGAUUAAGUUUAAUUGUGAGCUGUGUCUAAUGUAUUUAGCUUCGAAGUUUCGUAUUUUUAAUUCUUUUUUUCCAGAUGUAAUAGCUAAAAGUGCUGCCGCUUCUUAUGGAUAACGCUAGUUAUUCAAAUCCAAUUGCGAUUUUUCUUUCAUGUACGACGUGCAUUAUCGACUUACGUUAUCGUAACGCACACAACGGCAUCGCAUUGAUUUUAUGCCGUAAGAGUUUUGUGGUAUCUGAAGGUCUACGUGUACGUAGUGGCUAAAACGGCUCUGAACAAUCAGUAGUAACCUAACGUAUGGCUACGUAACCACAUAACGUAAUUAACCACGGUACCGUAUAAAGAGUUUGACAUAUGUAACGUGUAAAAGGGACUGUACGUGAUUGUCCACGUUAACGUAAAUGUUCUAUAGUAGAGUAUUUUAAAUCAGUAUAACAUAGCAGGACCAAAUUAUAUAGUGUACAGUAGGACCUUGAGGGUAAUGUCCCUACAUACAGUUUCUAUAAGUUUAUUUAUAAAUUUUACAUCUAUUGUACAUACGUUUUUGUACAGCUAAAUACUCCUGUUUUGAGGUCUAAGGCGCAUGCGUGAUUCUUAUGAUUAUUUAUAUAGCGGAGUCAAAUCGCAGUGCGUUUUACUCCCAUAACCAAGCUCACUCUUCUGUUGUUGUUACAACUUUGGAAAACAUUAAAUGAUUUUUGUAAUGAACUUCA